CACGCCCUCUGCUGCGAUGUCUGUCAUGGCUGCACGCGGUGUGAUGGAAACUACCGAUGUGGUUAAGUAACGUUUAUCUGUUUCUCCAGCAAUACAGAUGUUGGCGAGAAUUCUUCAGCGCCCAGUGCUGAUCAGACAGAUUCUUCUCACGUGGAGUCACAGAUCGCUUUUCACAAUGCAGCUGAAAACAAAAGAGUUCAAGUCUUUAUUUACUGACGGACUGGUUGGUCUAGCAGAAAUAUUCGAAAAGAACCAGUUUGAGCUGAGGAUUGCCGGAGGUGCAGUACGGGAUCUUCUGUCAGGAAAACAGCCUGAAGAUGUGGAUUUUGCCACCACAGCCACACCAGAGGAAAUGAAGAACAUGUUCCAGGCAGCGGGAGUCAGGAUGAUAAACAACAAAGGGGAGAAACAUGGAACCAUCACCACCAGGCUUCAUAAUGAGAACUUUGAGGUGACCACUUUGCGAGUGGAUGUACAGACCGAUGGGCGGCACGCAGAGGUAGAGUUUACCACUGACUGGCAGAAAGAUGCAGAACGUAGAGACCUCACCAUCAAUUCCAUGUUCCUAGGGCUGGAUGGGACUUUGUAUGAUUAUUUCCAAGGAUAUGAGGAUCUUAAAAGCAGGAAAGUAAGGUUUGUUGGCAGUGCUUCACUACGGAUCCAGGAGGACUUUCUUCGAAUUUUGAGAUAUUUCAGAUUCUAUGGGCGAGUGUCAACUGAGCCAGAACAACAUGAACCUGAGACUCUGGAUGCAAUCCGAGAAAAUGCUAAGGGAUUGGCAGGAAUCUCAGGAGAGAGGAUUUGGGUGGAACUGAAGAAGAUGCUUGUUGGAAACCAUGCUGGUCACCUUCUUGAGCUCAUCUAUGAGCUGGGUCUGGCCCAGUACAUAGGUCUUCCAGCAGAAGGCAAUGUUGGAGAGAUGAAGCAGAUCUGCCAGAGGGCUCAGGAUAGCUCUCCUAAACCCAUGACUAUCCUGGCCGCUCUGUUCCGAAGCCAGGAUGAGGUAGAGAGACUGGAUCUGCGACUAAAGCUUUCCAGAGAAGAGAAAAACCUGGGCCUCUUCCUGGUCAAGUACAGACGAGACCUUGUUAAGGGGCGUGAUGAACACGACAGCAUUAAACUGUACACAGAUUUCAUUAUUGAUUCUCGAGAGCCGGACACCCAGAGUAAAAUACUGGAGCUGCUGAAGUACCAGGGAGAAAAGGAACUCUUGGAUGAGCUACGCAAGUGGUCCAUCCCUCGCUUCCCAGUCAGUGGGCAUGACCUGCGCAAGCUGGGUGUUACCUCGGGUAAGGAGAUUGGCACUAUUCUGCAAGAGCUUAGGGACAUCUGGAAGAAGAGCCGCUAUCAGAUGAGCAAAGAGGAACUCCUGGCAACUCUGAGCAGAUCCUGAUAUGAGACAAAAGAACACCGUAUCAGAACUGUGUGUCUCAGCAUGUACAUGUUAUAAUGCAUCAUGAGUCUGUCUUGCCUGCUGAAGAAGCUCGUCCCUCCAACCUCAAAUAAGUCUAAUAUGGAGAGGAAUAAACCAUCAAGGCUAUCUUUUGGCAUUUAAUACUCAGUACUUUUUGUUCUGUUGCUCACUAAAACAAUGUUGCCUAAGGUUUACUUUAGUCAUAAGUUGAGAUUGUUAUCUUGGGCAUCUGUGGUCGCUCUGUGUUUUGAAUGGUUUUCGGAUUGCAGAAAAUGGCUUGGUGAAACUGAGGGCACCAUGAAAGUUGCAAGAUAGAACACGGUAACAAAUAAAGCUUUUGCCUGUGGGCAUUGUAAACACUCUGAAAAAUGUUCUGUCUUUUUUUUUUUUUUUAACUAUUCAUGGAUUUUGCCAUACCUUUCCUUUGUAAAUGGUGAUUUAGUUUGUCAUAUCAUUAUUGAAUAUCACUCAAUAGUAUGAUCGGAUGGAAACAAAAAUUCUGAAUUUAGCUAAAUUCCAAGAAAGGAUGCAAAGUUGUGUUCUUUGAAAGUAGUGACGUGAUAUCCUGUAACUGUUACAGGAAAGGACAUAAUUCAGCUUUCUCUCAAAGAUUAGCUUUUUUCUUAAGAAGCCAGUCAUGGUUUCAUUAUGUGGAACAAUUAAUUUUUUUUGUCAACAAUUCACAGUUGUUGAAAGGUUAUAUAACCAACUCUCCAGGUGCUUACUUUGAAAUAAAAUAACACAUCACUUCACAGUGUUGCUGUGUCUUGUUUUAAGAUCUUUACAUGGCCAGAUAUUACUUAUGAUUAUAAUACUGGUGAAUUUAUAUUUGUGAGAUCCACUUGUUAAUAUAAUUUAUUAUUUAAUUUGAUACUUUUCUUGACAUAUAAUGCUGAUAUUUGAUUAUGUAAAUUUCAAACAAAAAUCAAUGAAGAUAAUGGAAUUAAAAAAAAAUCUAGUUUGACACAUGUGCCACAUUCUUAGAAAUGUAAUCUUUGUAUUCUCUUUAUUUUUGUAUGUGUGUGUUUUACAUGGUGGUGUAAAUGUGAAAUAAAACGUAGUAACAUAUUUCCCUUCCAUCUACAA